AUGACAACAGAAGAGCUAUUCCGAUUCAUUGGAGCAUUGAUUUUAUUGGGAAUUCAUGGAGUUCAAAACCAUAGGUUUGCUUGGAGCAUCACUAAAGCUCAAUAUAUGAUUCGUCUGAGCGAAUUGCUGUCUUGUGAAAGAUUUGAACUCAUAGGUACAUUUUUGCAUCUUGUAACACCAGAAGAGGAAGAAUCUUUAUCAGGAAGUAAAUUGAAGAAAAUACUUCCUAUUCACAACUAUAUCAAAGCAAAGUGUUCUGAUUUAUAUCAGCCUUGUCGAAGUCUAAGCAUUGAUGAGCGUAUGGUGAAGAGUAAGGCAAGGACACAAUUUCGACAAUACAUACGCAAUAAGCCAACAAAAUGGGGCUUCAAAUAUUGGGUUUUAGCUGAUGUCACUGGAUACACAGUUGAUUUUGAUUUGUACAUAGGAAAAGGUGGUACUGUAUCAAGCAAUGGCUUAGCAUAUGAUGUUGUCAUGAAACUUCUCCAGCCAUAUUGGUUUCAAGGUUAUGAAGUUUUCUUUGAUAACUUCUACACAAGUCCCAUAUUAUUGCAGGACCUUGUCUCUUAUGAAGUUGUUGCUACUGGUACUUUGAAUGUUACCAGAAAAGAAGUACCAAGAGAAGUUUCGGCAAUGAAGCAGUAUGUAGAGAAGUGUACUCGUGGAGUUGGAUACUACUAUCGUCAACCUAAUUCAAAUAUUACAUAUUGCUGUUGGCAUGACACGAAAACUGUAACACUUGCCUCGACCGCAUAUCCAGGACAUACAGAAAAUACUGUGUCAAGAAGAGUAAAAGAUCCUCAUACCAACCGAUCCAUCACUACUGAAGUGCCAUGUCCUUUGAUGUUGUAUCAAUACAAUCAAAAAAUGGGAGGUGUCGACAAAAGUGAUCAAUUCAUUAGCUACCAUAAAGUACUGAGAAAAACAGUCUAA